AUGAACUUGAAAUCUCUUGCCUUACUCCUCACUGCCGCUGCAGCCCCUCAGGUCGUAGUUGCGGGUCCGCUUGCCUACGCCAUUUGUCAGACAGGAUGCAAUGGCCUAGCUGUCGCUUGCUAUGCCGGCGCCGGGUUCACGUUCGGAGUCGCAGUCCCUUUAGCACCUCCUGCGUUGAUAGCAUGCAAUGUGGGCCUUGGGGGGUGUAUGGCGGCUUGUGCCGCGGUUGCGCUUGCACCCACUCUCUGA